AUGUUCUACAAUAUUAUCAACUCGGAGCGCCGGUCCGGAGACACUGCAACAGUCACGAACCCCAGGACCAACGAAGCCCUCUGGGAGGUGGCAGUCGCACAUGAGACGGACCUUAACGACGCAGUCAAAGCUGCAAGGGCAUCAUUUACCUCUUGGAAGCUCUUGUCUAUCGAGGAAAGACAGAAGUACCUACUCAAGCUAGCCGAUGAACUAGAACAGCGAAGAGAUCAAAUACAUGCGCCUCUGGCAGCAGAGACCGGGAAAUCCAACAUCCUCGCAAAUAUCGAGAUUGAUGACACUUUGGCGUUUCUCCGAUUCAACGCACCUCAAUCAUUGCCCGAUAAAGUGGAUUACGAAGACGGUAAACUCAAGAUCGUGUCUACCCAUCAUCCUAUAGGAGUGGUGGGUGCGAUUUGCCCUUGGAAUUUUCCGCUCGUGCUAGCCGUCGGCAAGAUUGCUGCAGCGCUCGUCAUGGGAAAUUCCAUUAUUGUUAAACCGUCGCCAUUCACUCCAUGUUCCACUUUGAAAUUCGUUGAGCUUGCGACAUCCGUACUUCCCCGGGGUGUACUCCAGGCGCUCAAUGGAGACAACGAUAUGGGAAGACUUAUUUCCAUUCAUCCAAGGAUUGACAAGAUUAGUUUCACUGGAUCCAUUGCGACUGGAAAGAAGGUAGCGGAAAGCGCGGCCCAGACUCUGAAACGAGUGACACUCGAGCUCGGUGGAAACGACGCAAGUGUCAUCUGCCCCGACGUUGAUGUCAAAACUGUUGCUGCAAAGGUUGCUGGUGGGGUCUUUUUCCAUUCGGGUCAGAUGUGCGUUGCUACGAAAAGGGUCUACGUGCAUGAGACUAUUUUUCAAGAAUUCCGGGACUCUUUUGUGGAAGCAGUCAAAAACAUCAAAAUCGACCUUUCUGGUGACCAGUCCCCUCUGUUCAGUCCUGUCCAGAAUGAGCAACAGUACAAAAUUGUCAAAGAUAUCAUCGCCGAUUGCAAGGAAAACAACUACACUUUACUUUGUGGGGGAAAUACCGACGACAAGCAUCUAGGGCUCUUCAUCGCACCAGUUGUUGUGGGCCAGCCACCACAUGAUUCUCGCAUUGUUCAAAUGGAGCAGUUUGGUCCUAUCAUUCCGCUUAUGAAGUGGUCUACUGAGGAUGAAGUGAUCUCAAGGGUCAAUGGGACAGAUACUGGCUUAGGGGCCUGCGUGUGGGCAAAGGAUGUUGACAAUGCGGAACGCAUUGCACGGAAACUCGAAGUUGGAUCGGUAUGGAUCAAUAGCGCUGAAAUCCCCAACGCGCGCGGCUACUGUUGUGGCUGGAAGCAGAGUGGGAUAGGAGGCGAGUGGGGAAACCAGGGCCUGAUGUCGUAUUCUCACACACAGAUAAUUCAGCUGUGCAAGUAG